UUUAAAAUCGAGCAAUAAUUGUAGUAUCCGCAACAGAUAUCCGCACUAAGCAAUUAAAAAGCGUGUGCUCUUAAGAUAAAACUAGAGUAAUCAGGAUGGACUAAAAAAAACGCUUGUACAAACGAGAUAACCGGAAAAGAUGAUAACAUAUUUUCAUUAAUGCGACAACACAGUGCGUUAUCCUCUGCUUGUAUGUAGUGAGGUGAUGAUAAUGUUUUAGUUAUAUUAAACUCAAGCCACUCGAUCGAUAGUAGCCGAUCUGUGAACAACGGAUAGAGACCGAGAAUAAAUGUUGAGAAUCUUCCGUUUCCGCGACGUUUGGGCCAAGUGUUAUUCAACACGGACAUAUGUGCAAAAAAGUGGAGAAGUUGAAGUGGAUUUAAAAAAAGCAAUGGAAAAAUUGCCACGUAUUAAGCCGCCAGGCCAACCACCCAAAAUUUGGAAAUCGAUCGAAAAAGUGACCAAGGAUGGCAAACCAAUGAAAUUUACGAUUCAGGAGAUUCCUGAAGACAGGUAUGAAGAUGCAGUUCAACAUAUGUGUGCGUACUUUUUGGCCGAUGAACCGACGUGUCAAUGUUUGAAUUCGAAAGAUGAUCCUGUAUUCGUGCAAGAUAUAAGUACAAUAUGGCGUCUAAUAUUCGCAGAAGGCAUAUCCAUAGCUGCCUUCACUGAAAAUCCCAAUGGCGGAAAACCUAUAAUCGCCGGUAUGAAUGCCUUGGGUCUUGAUUUUAGAGAUCAUAAAGAUAGUAUUUCAGAGUACAAGCUUAAAUCACAAAACUGCAGAAAUACAUUCGCAAUCAUAUCUGAUGCAACUAAAAUAGUAUACGAACAUUAUGGAGUAGACAAGUAUCUGUAUGCUAUCGGACUUAGUGUAGACCCCGCUUAUCGAGGAUAUGGCUUAGGAAAAGAUAUUCUAAAAAUCAGGGAUCUCAUUGGCCGUGAGUAUAAUAUUCCGGCAACAGCCACGGUUUUCACAUCGAUAAUCUCGCAAAAAUCAGCGAAGGGUGCAGGAUUCGAACUAUUGACGUCGAAAAAUUUUGUCGACAUAGUGGACGAAAAUGGGAAGGAAUAUUUCCCUGGUAUUAAAUCCAAAACAUUUGAAGUUAUGGGAAAAAGAUUAUCUUAAUGUAGUUCUGCGCGUUCAAGGCAACACGCAAUUACACGCAAUUAUAUAAAGUGAACAAACAAAGGAAACUGGGCAAAUUAAGAGCCGAGCGCGGUUAAAUUUGCGCAAAUAUUCAAUUAUUUAUUCCGAUAAAUUUUGUCCGGUAAAUUUCGUACGUUUCGGUCCUGAUAUCGGACCAUCUUCAGCGAAUGCUGUACAAAUAAACAAAGAAACAAAACAUGUGGAUCAAAGAUUACAUGAACAAAAAAACAUACGGCGGUUACAUACAUGUUAAUUAAAGUGUGCGCAUAUCUCGAGUCACGGCCUACAGUGUCGAUGGGGAAAUGAGAUGAAUCUCCCUCCGGUGCCAGCCGUGAAGGAAGAAAGUCACGUGAAGGACCAUUCUAUUUCCUCCUUAUUUCUGAGAGCUGCUGUGACACAUGUAUAGAGAUGUUAAAAUGAAAUCUAAUAGCGUCGGAGAUAAACGGAGGCGAUUCACCUCAACAUCGAGAACACUGCGAGCUAGUGAG